AGCUGUUCGGCUCAUCCCACAGAGCACACGAAGAAGAUGUCGAAGAACGCGGAGAAGAGUUACGAGGAUUUGGUGGCAGAGCAGGUGAAAGCGCUGCAGGUGCCUGUCGCCACCAUGCAGAGAUGGAAGCUUUGCGCUUGGAACUCACUGGGCACUUUUCCCCUGACCAACCUGUGCCUGUGCCAGAUGUUUUGAACGACGCGAUGGAGAACGAGGAGGAGCCGUCUGAGGAGCUGUCUUUGUCGCCCAUGGAGAGGUGGACAACCUUGACGGAACGCCUCAUGGACGAGCAUGAGUGGAUGACCAGCGUGACAGGAGCCAGCCCCUUUGGCCGAGAAAAGUCUCACGUCCACGAUUUGCACAUGCGACGUGCUUGGGGCACUUCAAUCAUGAGCAAGCGAAGGACGCCGGCCAUGAGGGCCUCUGUGGCGCUCCCCUAUGCCAACUCGGCGCUUCGCAUCAAUGAGGCUCAGACAGACAGCUCCUUCUUGUCCUUCUUCGUGGUAAGACCUCAGAGCAAUAUGCAGCUUGUGUGGUCCAUUGCUGCAUGCAUUCUGAUCAUGUGGGAUAUGAUUACAAUCCCACUGGAGUUCUUCGAUGCGGGCGAGCUGCAGAUGGUGCAGAAUGUCGUGAAUAUCAUUGCUUUUGUCUUUUGGCUUCUGGACAUGCCAUUGAACUGCUUCUUUGGCGUCUUCCGGCAUGGCGUCGUCGAGCUGCGGCCGAAGGUCUUAGCGGGGCUCUGCUUCCGCUCCUGGUUCGGCGUCGAUUUGCUGAUCAUCACCAUCGACAUCGCUCGCUUCAUCGCCGAAGCCUUGCUACAAGGCAGCAUGUCCAGCAGCCUGCAAGGGGGCCGCUACCUGCGUGCGUUACGGAUCUUGAGGCUGCUGCGCCUGACGCGCAUUGGGAAGCUGCAGAAGAAGUUUGCACUUCUGGCCAACCGCUUCUUGUCCACCUACGUGUUCAUGGUCUUGAAGGUCAUUUGGACCUUGACCCUCAUGUUGGCCAUCAAUCAUAUCAUCGCAUGCUGCUGGUACGGCGUAGCCAUGGCCUCGAUUGACGAGCCCACCUGGCUCUCGAACGUGAAUUUAGACGGCAGUGGAACCACCAGCGUCUUUGACUCCUAUGUGGCGUCGCUCCAUUGGUCCUUGACGCAGUUCACACCCUCGACCAACAACAUCGCUCCGGCCAAUGCCCUUGAGCGCUCGUUCGCGGUCUUUGUCAUCCUCCUGGCCAUGGGUUUCUUCUCUUCGUUUGUCGGCUCCAUCACCUCAACGGUGAAUAGUUUGCGCAGCUUACAAGCGGCCAAGGUCAAACAGCAAGACACGCUCCUGCAAUUCUUUGUGGAGCGAAACAUGUCACUCGAUUUGUACAGCAAAGUGCAGGAGGUGAUCAAGAUGGAGAAGCUGGCGGAGGUUCGCUUGCACGAGACAGACGUGGCCUUGGUGAAUAGCCUUCCGGAACGAUUUCGGAUCCAGCUCCAUGAGGAGAUGUAUAUGCAUUCCGUGCUGAAGCUCCAUGUUUGGCCUCAAGAAGUCCGGGAGGAUCCGGAACAGAUGCUCUUCCUUCGGGAGCUGUGCCAUGAAGCGAUGUCCGAGCGGGUGGUGAAGCGAGGUGAAGAUUUGUUCCUGCCCGGCACGGACUGUGAACAUGCCUACAUCCUUGAGCCCGGAUUUGCGAUGACUUACGCCUUCCGAGCAUCGCGGUCCUUGGUGACGCCCCACGAUUCCGUAUGCUUGCCAUGCCUUUGGGCGGAGUGGCACCACUGCGGACGGCUCACCGCAGAGUUUGGCGCAGGAUACUUCACCUUGAUUCGCGCGGAUGGAUUUGCCUCGUCGGCUGUGAAGUUUGGAGGCUUCAUUAGCCGCUAUUUGCAGAUCUUUGGGAUUUUGUAUGUGGGGCACCUGGAGACCAUCAAUGUGGAUGAGGUGGAUGACCUAGGCCUUCAUAAGACCAAGAUGGGCGACUUAGAGGUUCGAGCCCGGAGCUUCUGUGUCAAUGCCAAAGGCAGCAAGGUCAGGGAGCAUUUGUUCAAGUCAGCCACCUCCACGAUGUCCAGUUCUGAUUUGGGCACAUUGCAGCCGAAGAUCUGACCCGAUUUUCACACGGGAGGGCCGCUGGUCGUUUUGGACCACCGCAUGACUUCCUGAGGCUACAGACCACGUGGGGGGAAUGAAGGCAUUGUGGGG